CAAGAUGGCUUCAUCCAUAACCGAAGAGAAGGCUCAAGACAGCUUCACCGAAGAUGUCGAGCAAGAAACUCCGGAGUCAAUUGAGUACAAGAAGAAAGAGGCGAAGCUUCUUCGAAAGCUGGAUUUGUUCAUCGCACCUGUCAUGAUGAUGUUGAUGCUCAUCAGCUAUCUUGACAGAGGUAACAUUGGGUUCGCGGCAACACAGGGAAUGAUUAUGGAUAUUGGGUUGAAAGGCUCGGAACUAAAUACCGCGGUUUCCGUCUUUUAUAUCUUCUACAUUCUUGCAGAGUUCCCAACAUCAAUCCUCGUCAAACGCCUCCAAUUCAAUCGAGUCAUCCCCUUCAUUACCUUCUGCUGGGGCAUCGUUUGUCUAAGCACCGGAUUCGUCAAGGGAUUUUCGUCUCUGGUUGUGACCCGUAUUUUCCUCGGAUUCUUCGAGGGGUGUCUCUUCCCCUCCAUGACGUUGCUCCUAUGCAAUUGGUACAAGCGAGAAGAACUUGCUAUACGAGUUGCUUACCUAUUUAUUGCUUCGGCCUUGUCAGGAGCCUUCGGCGGUCUGCUAGCCUGGGCAAUUUUGCACAUGGACGGCGUGGCCGGCUACCCGGGGUGGCGCUGGCUUUAUAUUCUUGAAGGCAUCAUCACCGUAGUGUGGGCGGCGAUGUGCAUCUUUCUAGUCCCGAAGAAUUACCAAACAGCUUAUUUCCUGAACGACGAAGACAAAGCACUCAUGAAGCACCGUGCUGAGCUUGCUGAGUCAUAUAGUGGCGGCACUGGGCACUACAACAUGAAAGAUAUCAAGGAGGCUGCCAAGGACCCCAAGAUCAACCUCUGGGGAGCGAUCGUUUAUGCAAUCGGCGCGUACAUCUCCGACAAAUACAACGCCCGUUUCUUCACCAUAGUCGUCUGCGCUCCGGUCGGCAUAGCCGGAUACGCAAUCCUCCUCUGUGAUGUCUCUGCGGGCGUCCGUUACUUCGCCACCUACCUGAUCGCCACGGCCUGCUUCCUUUGCACGGGAACUAAUAUCGCGUGGCUUUCCGGAAACUGCGCUCCUGAUGGAAAACGUGCCGCAAGUUUAGGAAUCUUGCUCGCUCUGACGAAUAUUGGUGGGGUGGUGAGUGGGCAGAUUUAUCAGACGAAGGCGGCGCCAAAAUAUACUUUGGGCCAUUCUUGGAGUUUGGGGUGUUUGGCGUUCGCGUGGAUUGGGUGGUGGAUUGUUAGGUAUAUGUAUGUGAAAAGAGAAGCAGGGAAGAAGAAGUUUAUUGCCGAGGGCUAUGUAACUCCAGCUGGAGAAUACACUGACAGGUCCCCUGGGUUCAAGUAUCAGUUCUAGUUGAAGAUGCGUUUAAGGGUAAGAGAAGUACUCAGCUGUUUUACGC